UGGAGAGAAGAUGUUCUAAGUAGCAUUUCAGAGAAACUUUGAGUCACUAAAGAUGGAUAAUGAGACAGUAACUGAACUGAACCAAACAGAACUUCAGCCACGUGCCGCAGUGACCUUAGAAUACCAAGUGGUCACCAUCUCACUCGUGCUCGUUAUCUGUGGUCUGGGCAUUGUAGGAAAUGUCAUGGUAGUCCUGGUGGUCAUGAGAACCAAGCACAUGAGGACCCCCACAAACUGUUACUUGGUGAGUCUGGCAGUGGCUGAUCUCAUGGUCCUGGUGGCCGCCGGCCUCCCCAACAUCACGGAGAGUAUCUAUGGUUCCUGGGUCUAUGGGUAUGUUGGAUGCCUUUGCAUUACUUACCUCCAAUACUUGGGCAUUAAUGCAUCCUCGUGUUCCAUCACAGCCUUUACCGUUGAGAGGUACAUAGCAAUCUGUCACCCCAUCAAAGCCCAGUUUCUCUGCACGUUUUCCAGAGCCAAAAAGAUCAUCAUUUUUGUGUGGGCUUUCACAUCUGUUUACUGCAUGCUCUGGUUCUUCUUACUGGAUCUCAAUAUCAAUACCUAUAAAGAUGCUAUCGUGGUGUCCUGUGGCUACAAGAUCUCCAGGAACUACUACUCACCUAUUUACCUGAUGGAUUUUGGCAUCUUUUACGUUGUGCCAAUGAUCCUGGCCACUGUUCUCUAUGGGUUUAUAGCUAGGAUCCUCUUCUUAAAUCCCAUUCCUUCUGAUCCUAAAGAAAACUCUAAGACUUGGAAAAAUGACUCAAACCAUCAGAACAAGAACUUGAAUUCAAAGACCUCUAAUCGAUGUUUCAACAGCACAAUAUCAUCCCGGAAGCAGGUCACCAAGAUGCUGGCAGUGGUUGUAAUUCUGUUCGCCCUUUUAUGGAUGCCCUACCGGACUCUUGUGGUUGUGAACUCAUUUCUCUCCAGCCCUUUUCAAGAAAAUUGGUUCUUGCUCUUUUGCAGAAUUUGCAUUUAUCUCAACAGUGCCAUCAACCCAGUGAUUUACAACCUCAUGUCCCAGAAAUUCCGCGCAGCCUUCAGAAAGCUCUGCGACUGCAAGCAGAAACCAGCCGAGAAGCCUGCUAGCUAUAGUGUGGCUCUGAAUUACAGUGUCAUCAAAGAGUCCGAUCAUUUCAGUACAGAGCUUGAUGACAUCACUGUCACCGACACUUACUUGUCUGCCACCAAAGUGUCUUUUGAUGACACCUGCUUGGCUUCUGAAGUAACCUUUAGCCAAAGUUGAUUCAUGACCUGAAAGAAAAUGAACCUGAAAGUGAAUGAGUCUGAAGUUCUCAGCCCAAGAGAGAAAACAGUCAAUAUCCAUCCAAGAAGACAGAGCAGAUAAAGGUUUUGCCAAAACUCUAACAAAUUCUGGUCCAAGAACUUUAACCCAUAAGAAGCGUUCAUAGAUUCCUUUUUAUAGAAAUAAUAUGACCAAAAAUUGAAGUAGUUCUGUGAAACAGCUAAGUUGUGAAAAUUAAAAGCAUAGCCUUAAGAAAUUUACUAUAUUUGGAGGUGGAGAAGGGACCAAAGUUCAGAUAAUAUGUAGAUGUCAAUUUAAAUUAUUUAUCAGAUUUUUAAAAAGGUAUUUUUCACCCUCCAAAAUUAUUGAUGCACUUUAGUAAUUUGACAAUAUGCCAAUCUUAAGUAUUUUCAUUUUAACAAGAUGUUGCUCUACUUCACGAG